GAGCCGGGCCGCGGCGAGCUGAGGAGACAGCGGCGCGCGGAGGCUGGUCCCAAAGACAGGAGGAGUGCUUUCCCACUCCAUACUCAGGGAGCUGCUGGUAGCUGGGCUGACAGGUGCCACUUCGGAGAAGCAAUGCCACCCCGCCCCGUGCCUGUGCAGGGAACUCGAGGCUGGUGGGGGAAGCACCAUUUAGGGUGUGAGAUGGCAGACAGGUUAGCAGAAAACCCACGGAAAGGGGGCUGCAGGAGUUAGCCCCUCUGUGCCCCACUCCUGGCAGCCCGGGGCGUCCUUCUGAGCACAGCGGCGCUAUGGACUCUCCAGGAUACAACUGCUUCGUGGACAGAGACAAGAUGGAAGCUGCCAUCCAGGACCUGGGGCCCAAGGAGCUGAGCUGCACCGAUCUGCAGGAACUGAAGCAGCUGGCACGCCAGGGCUACUGGGCCCAAAGCCACGCUCUGCGGGGAAAGGUGUACCAGCGCCUGAUCCGGGACAUCCCCUGCCGCACAGUCACGCCCGACGCCAGUGUGUACAGCGAUAUCGUGGGCAAGAUCGUGGGCAAGCACAGCAGCAGCUGCCUGCCACUGCCCGAGUUUGUGGACAACACGCAGGUGCCCAGCUACUGCCUGAACACGCGCGGCGAGGGGGCCGUGCGCAAGAUCCUCCUGUGCAUCGCCAACCAGUUCCCGGACAUCUCCUUCUGCCCCGCCCUGCCGGCCGUGGUGGCCCUGCUGCUGCAUUACAGCAUCGACGAGGCCGAGUGCUUCGAGAAGGCCUGCCGCAUCCUGGCCUGCAAUGAUCCCGGCCGGAGGCUGAUCGACCAGAGCUUCCUGGCCUUCGAGUCGUCCUGCAUGACAUUUGGGGACCUGGUGAACAAGUACUGCCAGGCGGCCCACAAACUGAUGGUGGCCGUGUCUGAGGACAUCCUGCAGGUCUAUGCAGACUGGCAGCGCUGGCUGUUUGGGGAGCUGCCCCUCUGCUACUUUGCCCGGGUCUUUGACGUCUUCCUAGUGGAGGGCUACAAGGUGCUGUACCGUGUGGCACUGGCCAUCCUCAAGUUCUUCCACAAGGUGAGGGCCGGGCAGCCGCUGGAGUCGGACAGCGUGAAGCAGGACAUCCGCAUGUUCGUCAAAGACAUCGCCAAGACUGUAUCCCCCGAGAAGCUGCUGGAGAAAGCAUUCGCCAUCCGCCUCUUCUCCCGCAAGGAGAUCCAGCUCCUGCAGAUGGCCAAUGAGAAAGCCCUGAAGCAGAAGGGCAUCACCGUGAAGCAGAAGAGUGUGUCACUUUCUAAAAGGCAGUUUGUACACUUGGCCGUCCAUGCAGAGAACUUCCGCUCGGAGAUCGUCAGCGUGAGGGAGAUGAGAGACAUCUGGUCCUGGGUCCCUGAGCGCUUUGCCCUGUGCCAGCCCCUUCUGCUGUUCUCUUCCCUGCAGCACGGGUACAGCCUGGCCAGGUUCUACUUCCAGUGUGAAGGACAUGAGCCUACCCUCUUGCUCAUCAAGACCACGCAGAAGGAGGUGUGUGGCGCUUACCUCUCCACAGACUGGAGCGAGAGAAAUAAGUUUGGAGGCAAACUGGGCUUCUUUGGAACCGGAGAAUGCUUUGUGUUUAGGCUGCAGCCUGAGGUGCAGCGAUAUGAGUGGGUGGUGAUUAAGCACCCCGAGCUGACCAAGCCCACGCCCUUGAUGGCCGCCGAGCCCAACGCCCCGUUCAGCCACUCCACCUCUUCAGACCCCGCCGACCGCCUCUCGCCCUUCCUGGCCACUCGCCACUUCAACCUGCCCUCCAAGACCGAGUCCAUGUUCAUGGCCGGGGGCAGCGACUGCCUCAUCAUCGGGGGAGGGGGUGGCCAGGCUCUCUACAUCGAUGGGGACCUGAACCGGGGCCGUACAAGCCACUGCGACACCUUCAACAACCAGCCCCUCUGCUCCGAGAACUUCCUCAUUGCUGCCGUGGAGGCCUGGGGCUUCCAGGACCCUGACACCCAGUGACAGCCUGCGCCACCGUGACUGAGCCAAGAGCCUGAAGCUUUUGCUGGGCCUCCCUGCGUGUUCCCAUCUGAAGAGGUGGCCACAGGAGAGGCCACCAGGGACCGACUCAGACCAGCAAGCUCCAUUUCCAGGGGUCUGCCCAGAGAAGCCGGGACCCAGGGUGCUUCUCAGCCCCUCCCUUCCAGCCUCCCUGAGCUCCUGCAGCCUCUGUGGCCGCCCAUUUUACCUCUUUGUCUUUGCAGUGACCUGGGGCCCAGGGUCAUGUCCAAACCUCUCUUUGUGGCACGCUCAUCUCUGUCCAGCCCCAGCUGCUUCUCUGCCCUGCACCGUCCAAGGCCCUGGCCACACGGUACCAAGGUCCUCAGCCACCUUGCAUGGAUGCAUGUCCUCCCUCUGUCCCUCUCCUGGUGCUGUGGCUGGCCACAUGUCAGGGUUUUCUGUGCGCCUCUUACCUGACAGUCUUUGGGCCCCUGGGCCCCUGCCCUGCUUGAGCCCUGCGCUGGCCAGAUGCAAGUAGACACCAAGGGAGGCCUUGCCUCUGGGUACUGCAGGGGGCAGCCCCCCACCUUGUGAUCUUCUUCAGCUGGUCUUGAGAGUCUGGACACCACCGAGGGAAGAAGGGAGAAGCAGAGACCCAAGUGGCUGUCUGGGACUGUGGAGGCCUGGGUCACAGACACAGGUGCCAGCAGUCCUGCCCCCAACCCCAUCCCUGCUGGCCUCUAGCCAGUGCCACUGGGGGUCCCCUGCACUAUGCUGCUGUCCAUCCCCACACCGUUGCCUGCUCCUCCCGUGGGCUUUCAGCCUUCCCUGACCAUCUGCUCAUGUAGCCUCUGACUGGGCCCACAGUGGUGCAGGAGGAAGAACCUGGAACCCUGUGUAGCUUCAGGCAAGCUGACAAACCUAUCUGGAACCCAGUUUCCCCAACUGUGAAAUGGGGCCAGUCCCCCUGCCCUGCAGUCCUCCUCACGGGACUGUUGAGAGGCUCAGAGGGGAAGGUGUGAAUCCCUCUCACUGGGAGAGGUACGGGAGGAAAGGUGCCACUCAUCCGUCCCGGAGCGCUGCAGCCCUCCAAGCCCCUGUCUCUGAGCCACCCCCAAGGCCUUGUCUGUACCGCCGGCGUUGGUGUUCAUUACACACGGUCUUGCUGUGUCAACUCCAGGAGUCCGAGCGUCUGGUCUCCAUAAGUCUGGUGUCUUCAGCCACAGGGGCCUCCGGGGGCUUCCUGGGCCUGUAGCCAAGUGAGUGUGAGAGGCUGCCCACUGCAGUGCUCACCCACAUUUUACAGCUGGAACACUGCAAGCUCUUCCAGAGGGAGCUCUCCAGGAGCAGGGAAGUCACAUCUGAGGACCAUUUGUAGGUUUCCCUCUGCAAACUUCCUGAACUGGUUGGUGAUUUCUCUGGCGAGUUAAGUCCAGCAGGUUCUGCCUGGCUGCCCAGGGGGCCCUGUCCGGCCCGUCCCAGUGAUCCUGACCAGGAGGAAGGAUUGCUGCUGGGUCAUGAUUUCCACAUCAUGAGCGAAGUUCUUUGUUUUGUGUGUGCAUGCAAAAUAUUGUUUCUUUAAAUUUAACAUCUUUUCCUAACUUUUCUACUAACCUAGAAGGCAUACAUGAUUAUUUCUUUUUUAUUCUUAUCAUAGUACUUGUUAUUAUCUGAUACUAGGCAUUCUAAAAUAGAACAUAAUUUAUUUUGUUAAUGUUCUCUAUUUCUUCUUGAUUAUUUAUUAGCUUUGGAUGUUAAAAAUUAGCCAAAAGUGGCUGGUCUGCCUAUGAAGUAGCCAUUCUUUAUU